AUGGACAAUCAAAUUGACCAGGACAUUUAUAUCAAAGAUCAAGAAAAUGUAACUGAACAGCAACAGAAGGAUGAUGGCAAAACUUUCAUAAAUGAUGAUUUUAAAGAUAUUAUUAAACUCACAAAAGAAUAUCUCGAUUUGAUCAACCCGUACCAAGACUAUACAUAUUCAUCAAAUAUUGAAUGCAAUUAUGUAAUUCCUAGCCCAUACGCGAAAAAACAUAAUUACAUACCUCCUCCGAUUGAUAAAUAUAAACUUAGAUUCUUAUAUAAAUUGAAAGAUGGAAAAGAAAUUAAUUUCGACCACCCAUUACCCCCAGAUCUCCCUCUAGAAUCAGCAGUUGAUUCCCCACAUGAGGAAGAAGAGCAUAAUGAAGAAGAUAUUAUUAUCAGAAGUGAUAUUGUAUGUUGUAGGCCUGAUAACCCCGAUGCAAUGGAAAUACUUCAAUAUUUAGCCAUAAUUAUAUUACCAAUUUUAGGUCCUGUUCUCUAUUACUAUUGGAAGGACACAAACCAAAAGUUAGCUCAGAAGCUAAUGUAUGCUACCUUUAUCACUUUAGUCAUUUUUAUAUUUAUUUUGUUUGUUGUUUUAUAA